AUGUUAAAAAAUCCUUUUUUGGCAGACGAAAACUCUUCACCAAGUGAUGAUGAUGAACGAGAAAUAAAAAUUCAAACAGCAAAAAUUGAUAAUUUAUUCAUAUUGUUGUUUUUAAAGAAACCAAAUAAAGAAAGUUUAUCCGAUGAUGAAGAUCAAAAAGAAACAACUUGGAUAAAAAACAAACCGGAAAAUAAUGGUGAUUUAUCACCACAGCAAUAUUACAUCAACCUUUUUCUGCGAAAAAUCGACAAUCAAAUGAAAACUACGCCAAACCGAGCAACUAAAGAAUGUACACAUAUUGAAUUAUGCACUGACCAAAAGCCCAUAUCAACUGAAGAUUUAUGUCUUAUUGCACAUAUUUAUUAUAAAUUUGAUAAUACACCUAAUCGAUCUUCAAUGGAAUUAAUUGAUCGUCUAUGUAAAUAUAUUUAUAUCAAUGAUAAUACAAAUCGUAUGCAUAUACGAGCAAUUCUCUGUCAUACAUAUCAUUUAGCAUUACAUGAUUAUUAUAACCAAGCACGUGAUUUAAUGCUUAUGAGUUCCAUACAACAUACCAUUUAUCUUGCAGAUAUUUCGACACAAAUUCUAUAUAAUCGAACGAUGAUUCAGCUAAGUUUAUCUGUAUUUCGUUUUGGUAACAUAGAUGAAGCUCAUUAA